CUGCACGCGCCUUUUUUAUGAAAUAAAUUUACAAAAUUCUUGAAAAGUUCAGGAUCAGCAGGCCUUUUUUUUUAAGUGAUCACUGCCAUUUAAGUGUUUUCAAAGUGUUCAAGUUGACAUAAAACUAAACUAAUAUAGACAAAGUGUAACAUUGUGAAAGUUUAUUUUUAUCAAAAUAGACAUUAUAUUUAUGCAAGAUCAAGUGCAUAUUUAAUAAAAACGUUGUUUAGCCUGGAGCUACACAUAAUAAACUUAAUUAUUAUCGUUUGUAGAAUUAAGCGUCGUCAUGUCCAUGAAUAAAGAAGAGAUCUUUGCAGAAGUAACCACUGAGGUGCGGGCGCUAAUCAUUAGUGGGGGCAAGCCACCAGUUCCCCUAGACGACGUUCUCAGAGACUAUAAAGAUGUCGUGGGAGAGCCGCUGCCAUUCCGCCGGUUGGGCUAUCAGAGCGCCCAGGCGAUGCUGGAGGAUACCAAGAACUUCAAUUUUCAGAAUUACGGAGGCACGGUCUACAUCACCGCCAAGUACAGCGAGAAAUCGGAUCACAUUGUGUGUAUGGUGCGGAAUCAGAAGAGCUCCAAACCUAAAUCCAAAGCACGCUCAAGGCCACCGCCACCGCCACAGCCACAGCCACGCUCUUUCAAAGCCGCUCCAGCCAGCUAUCAUCAACAGAGGUCCCAGCAGCUGAAUAACAGUAACCAAUAUCAGCAGCAUCUUCAGCAAAGGAAACAAUUAGAGCUCCAACAGCAGCAGCAGCAGCAACAGCAAAAGAAUCAGCUCCAACAGCAGCAGCAACAGCAGCAGCAACAGCAAAGGAAUCAGCUUCAGCUAAGGAAACAAUUAGAGCUCCAGCAGCAGCAGCGGCAAAGGAAUCACCUGCAACUCCUACAGCAACAGCAGCAACAGCAACAGCAAAGGAAUCAACUUCAAGAAAAGGAACAGCAGAUUCAGGAGCUGCAGGAGGCGUUAAAUUACUAUCACAAGCAGAGAGAGGAGCAGCAACGGCAGCUGGCAGAGAUCAGGGAGCAGGACGAGAGGAAACUCAGGGAGCAGGAAGAGUUCAUAAGGAAGCUGCAGCUAGAUCAAGAGCUGCUCAGACGCAAGGCCGAAGCCAAAGAAAGGCUGGAGAACUCUGCGCUGAAAAUCGUGCCUUUAAGACCAAGCAACGAGCAGCUGCUGCAGCACAAGGAAAAGGAUAUCCCUUCGAAAGAAGUCCUGCACGUUAAACCCGACAUGAAUGGCCAUAGCAAUGGUCAUGGCAGGGCCAUGGCGGGAAAGCCACCGCAACGGCCCAUACUGGGCAACGGUGCGCCACAUCGUGGCGGUGGACCAGUGGCUGCCUUUGAUGCGGGCAAAAAUCGGGGACUGCAACAGCGAACCUCUGUGAACGAUAGACUGAAGAAACAACAGCAGCAGCCGGUGCAGCCAGCGGUAACUCCUGCAGCCACAGCACCAACCAAUCCAAUGCCUGUUCCAGCGCCAAUGACUCCGCCUGCUACGCCAGAAGCUCCCACGCCAAAGCCCGAUCACAGAGCCGUGCGCAAGUCUACCAAAUCGCAGAAUACAAACAAAUUUGUGUUCAAAUCGGAUGCGGCACUAGACCCGAUCGCCGCGCUGAAGGCUUACUGCGCAUUCAAAGAGUUGGAGGAGCCCAAAUAUCGCACGUUCAACAGUCGGCCGAAUCUGAUCUGCUCGGUGAGUGUGGGCGCCUUUGUCUACAGCAGCUACCCCCAGGAGUUUGCUGACGAAUUGACAGCCCGCAAGGCGACGGCGUGGAUUGCCAUUCAAAAGAUUCAGGAGUCAGAGUCACGACAGCCGCUCACCAUUUGCACGCUGACGGAUCACGAGUUCAUUGACGGCCUGUACCGGGAGCUGCGGCAGUAUCCCAAUGGCAUAUUGGGCCACAAGCUGGAGGAGUGGUAUGAGCGAACGUUCAACCAUCAUCUGCCCAGCCACUGGCACGAUCUGGUUGUGGAAUCGAGCAAGAUUCGCAUGGAGACAACCAUCUCGUCGCUCAUUCUGCUGGCCAACGAUCCUGAAUCUCCGCGAAGAGCAGCGCCCCAGCGGCACGAAAUACCCGAGCUUCGGCUGCCGUGGCUGAGCGAGUCGGAGCACAGCUUGGAGCGCCAUCACGACUGGAGCUUGUACAUCACGCACUGCGACUCCACGAAGCAGAUCUGGGCUCGCCUCAUCGAUCAGAUAUCCAGCCUGGAGGAGCUGACGGUGCACCUGAACAGGCAUGUGGCGGUGCGCACACCGAUAACGGAUCCCCACGAGCAGGACAUGUAUCUGGUGGAGGUCGCCGAGGGCUGGAGUCGCGUGCGCGUGCUCUCCGUGGACGCCAAGCAGCGCACCUGCCGCUGCCACUUUGUGGACUUCGGGGACGUUGCCUCGUUUGAGUUUGAAGAUCUUGUUGCCUGUCCGCCGAGGUUCCUGGUGCUGCCCGCCCAAGCCAUCUGCCUGGGCAUGUACGCGCUGGAGAAGUUCGAGGGUCAUCCGCACGCUCAGGCUGUGCUGCUUAAGCAGCUCGCUGGCCAGCGGGUCGUCGCUCGCAUCCUCACCACCGAGAAGCAAUUCAGCGAACUGGGCGGCUGUGCCCAAGGCGUCUGGAAGGAUGAAAUGCGCAGCGCCUGCCUGGUGGGCACACUGUACGACACCUCCACGGCGGAUGACAUACACCUCAACGAUCUGGUGGCCAAUGAAAUCAGCCUGAACACACCAGCGCCCAUACUGAGUCCGGACCAGAAGUCCAACCCAGUGCUCAUCUCUCACAUCAACGAGGGCGGCGAUCUCACGGUGCUGCUGCGCAACGAGGAUCUGCGGUUUGUGGAGCGCAGCAUUGCCACCACAGUGGCUGACAUCGGGGAGCAGCAUCGCGUGACGCUGUCGGAUCUGCUGCGCGAUCGACUCGUGUUUGUCUGCGACGAGUCGGUGGAGGGCCUGAAGCAGUGGUAUCGCGGCAUGCUCACCGCCAAGCCAAAGAACGCCGAUGAGGAGACCUUCGAUGUUUACUACGUGGACGAUGGACGCCUGCGCAAGACGCACAUUUCGAACAUCUAUCGACUGGAGGCCAACAAUCUGGCGCUGGCUGGGUACCCGCCGCUGGCGCUGCGCGUGCGCCUGCACGACGUGCCCGAUAUUGUCGGGGAUAUGCUGGGACGCCUGCGUGGACUAAUGCCGCCACGCAGCGAGGCUAUACUCAAGGUGAUGGAGGGAGCAGGCAGUGACCAGCUGCCCAUGGUGAAUGUUUAUGUGCGCGGCCAGGAUGCCAAUGCCAUGUACAUGUGCGUGAACAGCGCCAUACAAAUGGAGUUUGAAAUGCAAAGUAGCACGCGUCCGCAGAGCUACGACGAUGGCGGACUGCGCUUCAAUCCCAAUGGACAGCUGCAGCGACGCAACAGCUUUGGCUCUGUGGUGUCCAGCCACAGCAGCGGCAGUCAAAGUUUCAGCGAGCAUCAGACACCACCAGUGACGCCUCUGCGACUGUCAUCGUCCACCACAAUCAAAGACUACGAGGCCAUACCGGCUGUGGGCGCGUACUUUGAGGUGCGCAUUGGUCUCUCCAUCAAUCCAGGACACUUUGCGGUGCAACCCUACAAGUGCUACAAUCAGUUGCAGCAUUUGAUGAAGGAUUUGCAGGCGCAUUGCAAGGGCGCUUCAGCACAGAGCGUGCCAGCUGCCCGUUUGGCCAUUGGCCAGGCAUAUGCGGCACCAGACAGCGACAAUGUUUACCAUCGCGUGAUUGUUCGCAAGAUUUACGAUGAGAUUAUCCACGUGCGCUUCGUGGAUGUGGGCGAUGAUGGUGUGGUGGCCUGUGAUCAACUGAGGAAGCUGCCACCGGCCUUGGCCGAGCUGCCCAGGAUGGCCAUACCAGCACAACUAUAUGGCAUCCAACUGGCAGACGUUCUCUGGACUCAGGAGAACUGUGUACGCUUCAGGAGCCUCACGCUGGGUCAAAAGUUUAUCGGGUUUGUGCGGCGUCUAAGCAGAUUGAAGGAUGAGACGCUGGCACUGUGCCUGGAGCUGAUUGACACCUCCACGCCGCAGGACAUCAAGCUGCACGAGAUUCUCAUCAACGAGAAGCACGCGCAGCCGCAGCCAGAAGAACGACUUUAAUUUUGAACUUGUUCACGUUUAUGUUUGCUUAAUUAUAGCCUUAGGAUUAGGUGUAUUAUGUAUAAUUUAUUAAGACGAUACAUUCCCCCACACACACACACACGGGAACCGCUAACUCUGUACUCCUCUCGGAAAAACGCAACAAUAUACAAAAAUUUAUGAUUUUAGCUC